UCUUGUGUUGCAGCCGAACAAGAAUCUCCUUAAGCAUCAUAUUUCCCUCUCUCCUCUCCCACUAGGGUUUAGGGCUUCUACUUGGCGCAGGAAGGUAACGAGCAGCCAUGGUGGGCAAGAACGAGAGUGAUGGUGGGGCCGAGAAGUCGUUGGAUUUGUUUCUCAAAAUUGGUUUGGAUGAAAGGACUGCAAAAAAUACCAUCGCCAACAAUAAGGUUACCGCUAAUCUCACCGCCGUCAUUCACGAGGCUGCCGUAACUGAUGGAUGCGAUCGGAUAGUUGGAAAUCUACUCUACACGGUUGCUACUAAAUUCCCGACAAAUGCUCUUGUGCAUCGGCCUGCGUUGCUUAAAUAUGUUGUUUCAUUGAAGAUUAAAACUCCUGCUCAAUUAGAAGCUGCUUUUUCGUUUCUCGCUGCUACUGCUUCUGACAGCUUGAAGGUUGAUGAUUUUGAAGCAGCUUGUGGUGUUGGAGUUGAGGUUUCCCAGGAGGAUAUUGAAAGUGCAGUGGAUGAGAUUUUUGAAGAGAACAAAUCUUCUAUUAUUGAGCAGCGGUAUCGAACGAAUGUUGGUGAACUAUUUGCUCAUGUGAGAAAGAAACUUCCGUGGGCGGACCCAAAGAUAGUCAAGCAAAUCAUUGAUGCAAAAUUGUAUUCCCUGCUUGGUGAAAGAACAGCUGCAGAUAAUGAGAAGCCACAGAAAAAGAAAAAAGAAAAGCCUAGCAAAGCUGAGGAAAAAGUUGUUGAAGAGGCAGCAAAACAACCUGAAGAAGAAAUCAAUCCAUACUCAAUAUUUCCUUCACCGGAGGAGAACUUCAAGGUGCAUACUGAAAUAUAUUUCAGUGAUCGACCAGUGCUUAGGGCUUGCAAUUCAAAGGAGAUACUUGACAAGCAUUUGAAGGUCACUGGAGGAAAAGUUUUUACGCGUUUUCCACCCGAACCCAAUGGAUAUCUGCAUAUAGGCCAUGCCAAGGCUAUGUUUGUGGACUUUGGCCUAGCAAAAGAUAGAGGGGGAUGCUGCUACUUGCGGUAUGAUGAUACCAACCCUGAAGCUGAGAAACAGGAAUAUAUUGAUCAUAUUGAAGAAAUUGUUCGAUGGAUGGGGUGGGAACCCUUUAAGAUCACCUACACUAGUGAUUAUUUCCAAGAGCUGUAUGAAUUGGCAGUGGAGCUUAUUCGGCGUGGUCAUGCUUAUGUAGACCACCAGACACCGGAAGAGAUAAAAGAAUAUAGGGAAAAAAAGAUGAACAGUCCUUGGAGAGACAGGCCAAUUGAAGAAUCACUUAAAGUGUUUGACGAUAUGAAGAAGGGACUGAUUGAGGAAGGGAAAGCAACAUUAAGAAUGAAGCAGGAUAUGCAGAGUGAUAACUUCAAUAUGUAUGACCUAAUUGCUUAUCGCAUCAAGUUCACGCCUCAUCCACAUGCCGGAGAUAAAUGGUGCAUCUAUCCUAGUUACGAUUAUGCCCACUGCAUUGUUGAUUCCCUUGAAAACAUUACUCACUCGCUGUGCACCCUAGAAUUCGAGACACGGCGUGCAUCAUAUUACUGGUUGUUAGAUGCACUAGGCCUUUAUCAACCUUAUGUAUGGGAAUAUUCACGACUGAAUGUGACCAACACAGUGAUGUCAAAGCGUAAGUUGAAUCUACUUGUAACCCAAAAGUAUGUUGAUGGCUGGGAUGAUCCCCGUCUCAUGACACUGGCUGGAUUGCGGCGUCGGGGGGUUACUUCAACUUCGAUAAAUGCUUUUGUUCGGGGAAUUGGAAUAACUAGGAGUGACAGUAGUAUGAUUCGUCUCGACCGUCUGGAAUACCAUAUAAGGGAAGAAUUGAACAAAACUGCCCCUCGGGCAAUGGUGGUUCUUAAUCCAUUAAAGGUUGUGAUUACAAAUAUGGAUGCCUCUGUGAUGGAACUUGAUGCAAAGAAAUGGCCCGAAGCUCCUGCAGACGAUGCAUCUUCAUUUUAUAAGGUUCCCUUUUCUAAGGUCGUGUACAUUGAAAAAUCAGAUUUUCGGGUGAAAGAUUCUAAAGAUUAUUAUGGCCUUGCUCCUGGGAAAUCUGUCCUCCUUAGGUAUGCGUUUCCUAUCAAGUGCACAGAAGUGAUAUAUGGUGACGAUCCUGAGACUAUUCUUGAGAUUCACGCUGAGUAUGACCCCUCGAAGAAGAGCAAACCGAAGGGGGUUUUACAUUGGGUCUCGGAAACUUCACCAGGGGUUGACCCCAUCAAGGUCGAAGUUAGGCUCUUUGACAAGCUGUUCAUGUCAGAGAACCCUGCCGAGCUCGAUGAUUGGCUCAAGGAUUUGAACCUGCACUCAAAAGAAGUUGUGAACGAUGCAUACGCAGUGUCUUCAUUAGAAAAUGCUGCUGUUGGCGACACAUUUCAGUUCGAAAGACUUGGCUAUUUUGUGGUUGAUAAAGAUUCAUCACCAGAAAAGCUUGUGUUCAAUCGCACUGUUACACUACGCGAUAGUUAUGGCAAAGGAGGUAAGUGAAGUGGAAAGCAUCCAAAAAUUGGACGAGGAGACAACAUCAUGUUUUCAAGUAAGCUUUCUGGCAAUCAUGUGUGAUUAAAGUCACCCAAAAAAGGAAUUUUCUUCUUUUCAUUUAAGAAAAACAGUGAUUGAAAAUAUAAAUGUUAAAGACAAUCAGAUAACGACUGCAACCAGGCUAUUGUUUGAUAUGGUUUGAAGGUGUGUUUGUAAAAAUACCAACUCAUGUUCUAAUCCACACUUGUUUGAUUUUACUUCAA